CGGCCGGACAGUCUCUGCGCGUCGAGGAGCCGUGAGUCAGUCCGUCGGCCGCCCGGCUGGUCUCGGGAUUGCAGGCGGAGCUCCGCCUCCUCCUCCUUCGCCGGGCUUUCCCCCGUCACGCCGGGGACUGCUCCGCCAGUGGCUCCGGGUGCGAGUUCGGAGACAGGUGGCCGUCCUCCCGGCUCCGGCUGCUGCUGCUGCCUUCCUUGCUCCCGGGGCGCCAACUCCGCGGAGGCGCUGGAGGUGAAGCUGGCUGCGCGCGACGCGACGCCGGGAAGCGGGGCAGAGACCGACGCCCGCCCGGUCGGAGAGCCCCCUCGGAGAGCCGAGGGAGAGAAAGCAAGUAGGAUAAGGGGAAGAGGGAAAACCGUGAUGGAGUAUAUGAGCACCGACAGUGACCAUAAGCAGGAGAUUGACUUAUUGCUAACAGACUUAAAUAUGUCUGAAGUGAUCGACAUCAUGGAGAACCUUUACCCAAAUGGAGACCUUGCCGUUUACGAAGACAGCCUGCUUGCCCUGUGUCCGGAGACGAACAAGAAUGAGGAGCGUGCUGAAUCCUUGCUGUUCAGCGGAAGGGAAGUUUCGGCGUUGUCGUCCGUCAAGUAUGGGACCGUGGAAGACUUGCUGGCUUUUGCAAACCAAGUGUCCAACACUGCCAAGCAGUUUUGCCGGCCCAGAAGACAAGAGUCUGGAAUCAUAUUAAACAUGAUCAGUCCGAAAAAUGGGCGCUAUCAAAUUGACUCCGAUGUGCUCCUGUUUCCAUGGAAGCUAACCUAUAGAAAUAUCGGGACUGACUUUAUUCCACGGGGAGCUUUCGGGAAAGUCUACUUGGCACAAGAUACUGAAACCAAAAAGCGCAUGGCUUGCAAACUGGUCCCAGUGGAACAGUUCAAGCCAUCAGAUGUUGAGAUCCAGGCCUGCUUCCGCCAUGAGAAUAUUGCCGAACUUUAUGGAGCCAUCUUGUGGGACGAGACAAUCCACCUCUUCAUGGAGGCAGGAGAAGGAGGCUCUGUCCUGGAGAAGGUGGAAAGCUGUGGGCCUCUAAGAGAGUUCGAGAUCAUAUGGGUGACGAAGCAUAUCCUCAAGGGACUGGAGUUUCUUCACUCGAAAGGAGUUAUACAUCAAGAUAUAAAACCCAGCAACAUUGUUUUCAUGUCAACCAAAGCCGUUCUGGUGGACUUCGGUCUGAGCGUUCAAAUGACGGAAGAUGUUUUCUAUCCCAAAGACCUCCGAGGAACAGAGAUUUACAUGAGCCCAGAAGUGAUCCUUUGCCGAGGCCACACUACAAAAGCCGACAUCUAUAGCCUGGGAGCAACAAUCAUCCACAUGCAGACUGGCAUCCCGCCAUGGGUGAAUCGCUAUCCCCGUGCGGCGUACCCCUCCUACCUCUACAUAAUCCACAAGCAAGCGCCGCCUCUGGAAGACAUUGCUGAGGACUGCAGUGCCGGCAUGAGAAGGUUGCUGGAAGCUUCUCUGGAAAGGAACCCAAACCAAAGACCCUCUGCCACAGAGCUGCUUAAGCACGAGGCCUUGCACCCGCCUCCGGAGGAUCAGCCCCGGUGUCAGAGCCUGGACUCGGCACUCUUCGAAAGGAAAAGGCUGAUGACCAGGGAGGACCUGGAGCUGCCAGAAAACAUUGCUGAUUCUUCAAGUCUUGGGAUUACCGAGGAAUCGGAACUGCUAAAGAGGCAGCGAUCGUUGUACAUAGACAUUGGAGCAUUAGCUGGCUACCUUAACAUUGUCCGGGGAACAACAACGCUGGACUACGAAUAAAUCUGAGGAUCUCUUGUGCUGGACAGAAGGAGAUAAUGCCUCUUGGAGAACUAGCUGCUUUUGAAGAAGAGUGCAAUCGGUUUUAUCACUUGAAGGAUUUUCUAAAGCUAACCCUUUUGGGAAUUCUGACCAAUAUAUAAUAAUCACCACUGUUUUUACAUUCUGGAUGAAAGCAAACGCCAACAGAUUACUUGUUUCGUUGGCAUAUGGUGUGUGUCUUGCGUGCACACAUCAUUUGUGAUUUGAAUAAUGUUCAGUGUGUAAAAGUAUUUGUGUGUGUAUGUGUGUGUGUAUAUAUCUAUAUA